GUGUCUGCCUUUGUUUGCUAGUACAUAUACACUGGUUGACAUAAGUACUGAGUUGGUAUCUCUGUUUUCGAAGGGAAGUUUCAGUAUGUGGUUGGCCACAGAUGCUUCUUUGGGAAGAAGACCAUAAUUAUCAUUCCAGGGUUCCUGGAAAGCUGAAGUGAGACCUGCGUGCUGUGUUACGAUGCUCAGUUCUUUGGUGUGGGAGGUGUGGGUAGCAUCCCUCUUGAACAUAAAGAGCACUGACAUACUUAUUGGUAAUGCGCCAUUGCUGCUUCUGUGUAUUCAGAGCUGAGCUAAUACUCAAAGGUUGCCAACGUGGUGUGUGUUGAAGCUGAGUUAAAUUAGAAUAGCCUAACUUACAUUGUUUACUUCAUGUGAGAGAUGUUAAUUCUAGAUGCUUAUCUAGAAUAGCAUUGGUGUAGCAGGCUGAGUUAGCAACCAAAGGCCAUAGUGAGACAGAAAUGGAAGGCUGCAAAAGGUGUCAGCUGGGAGGGAUGAGGAGAGUGCUCUGCCUCCGGCAAGUCAGUUCUAAACCAUCCUGAGCUAGUUUUCUAUUAAAGAAGAGGUCUCCAUUAAUGAAUUGCUGUGUGUGGGAAUUAAUGCAGGAUGAGUCCCGUGUGGCUUUCACAAUGAGGGUCAAAUAAAAUAUUAAUGAAAUUAGCGCAAACAAUCCCCUGCUCUUCCCAUGGACUUUCCCGAUGAGUUGCUCUGAGCAUUGGUCAGGGAAAAUGUGGAGCCACAGAAGAAACAGGUCAGUGUCAUUACUCACUUUUCCCAGGUAGGGAGAUGGAGGCAGUGGAAGGCAGUGACCCUGGAGUCACACAGCCCAACAGCAGGGCUGCACAGGAGGUACAAGGGUUCUGUCUGGUGCCUUUGCUCUGAUCCCUGGUUUCAGUUCCCUUCUCAGAGAAAUGAGAAUGCAUCCAGACUGCUCCUGCGCUGGCCGGGUGGAAGCUGAUGUGUCCAGGUCUGGGAUGGCCUUUAGGAGUCCCAGAUUGGAGAUAUUUAUUGACAAAAUUUCUCUCUGCUUCCAGAUCAGAGAAUAUGACCCAGGAGAUGUGUUGCUUUCAUCCUGAUGCCUCAUCCACAGGACACAUUUCCUUAUCUUGUACAUUGUUCAUUCCAGAGGCCGAGCAUAGGAUGGGCUGGGGAAGGACAGUCUGUGUUUGGUUAACGUCUGUGCGGUGCAGUGCAAAAGAUCUCAAGCUGGGUGGAGCCAAGCAAACCAGCUUCAGGAGCAUCAUCCCUGAGUCACUUCAGUCCAUUGCCCAGGCUAAUACAGUCGUGGUGCUUUCAUACCCUGAACUAGGACCGGUGUGGUGUAACAGGGUGUUAAAUACCUGCAGUGCUUUGGGGCAUAGCACAAAGCUGUGGAUUUAUUCAGAGGUAUCCCAGAAAUCUUCCAGGUGCUGCAAAGUGUUAGGAAUGUGCCCUGCAUCUCUGGGCAUGGCCCUGUCUGGUACACUGAGACACAGUCUGGUGUACAGAGGAGAAUGAGACAUGGGCAGGCACUUCAAGCUAAACAGAGCUCAUUCUGUUUGUGUCAUGUGAGAUUAAAGCUAAAUACAUUUUCUCACACCUAGUUGUGUACCUUGGGCUUUGAACAGCCUAAGCAAGCCUUGUGGUCACACUGCAUAACAAUGCCAGUGUGUAUAUGCAUGUGCAUAUGCUCUUGAGAGGGCAGGACUGUGUAAUACCCCCUGAGCAAAGGCCACUGGGGGCUCAUUAUGCAGAGCUAGCUAAUGACAGCACACAGCCAGUUAAGGGCAGUGUAACUUACUUCCCUGACAACAAGUGCAAAGAGGAACUUGGGAAGUCAGAACCCCAUGUCAUUAGCAACAUUUUAAAGCACUUUCCCAUUAUUUUUUCCUCUCUCUUUCUGAAGAUCAAAUAACAAAGGAAAUUGAAAUACUGAACUGAUUCCAGAGGCCAGUUAAUGCACUGCUAACCAUUCCCCCCUGCUUCCUCCGGAGCGUUGUUAUGGGAUUCAACAGGACCUGGUGUAAGCCCCUUACCCGAAGAACUGCUCUUCCCAGUGUCCGUGUCCCCAGGAGCAGCUGAAGGGGGUCACGGAGUGAUCCAGAUUUAUGUUUUCAUCAAACCGGGCCAAGGAGAAUGGGGGUCCCACACCCAAAAGAAUGAAGACGCGACAGAACAAGGACUCAAUGUCAAUGCGGAGUGGACGGAAGAAAGAGACUCCAGGGCCCCGAGAGGAGCUCAGGUCACGGGGCCGAGCUUCCCCCGGGGGUGUCAGCACCUCCAGCAGUGAUGGCAAGGCUGAGAAGUCCCGGCAAGCGACAAAGAAAGGCCGGGUGGAGGAAUCCUGCGCCCCGAAGGGCAGCAAGCAGGGCCGAGCAGAAGAGAUCUCAGAGAGUGAAGGGGAGGACACCAAUGCUCCCAAAAAAACCAAGACCGAGGAGUUGCCCUGUCCUCCAUCCCCAUCUGAUGUCGACAGCCUCGAUGGCCACAGCUUCAACGAUGAGAUGAGCAGUGACCCACGGGACAUUGACCAGGAUAACAGGAGCACCUCGCCCAGUGUCUACAGCCCUGGCAGUGUGGAGAAUGACUCCGAUUCCUCCUCUGUGCUGUCCCAGGGGCCAUCUCACUCCUACCACCACCCUCCGCUCUUCCCGCAGAGCCCACCGGUAGCUCCCGCUCCCGACAGCCUGCCCCGUCCACCCGAGCCCAGCUUUGGGCUCCCAGGCGAGGUGCACCCCCAGGGACCUCCAGCAGGGAGCUACCACCCCCAGCUGGAGGGGCAGCCCUCACGCCUGUUCCAGGCUCAAGCCCCACAGACACCCACGUCCUCCUCCUCUGCUGCCUCUGCCCCUCCUGCUCCUCCUUCCUCCUCCUCAUCCUCCUCUUCCUCCUCAUCCUCUUCAUCUUCCUCCUCCCAUGCUCCUCUUUACCCUACAGCCAAUGUGGUCCAGGUUGGGACCAAGAUUCCCGGUGGUGUGGGGGGUCUCCCUGCACCGGGGGGCCGCGAACAGACCCUUGGCGCCAAGCACAACCCACCACCCACCACCCCCAUCUCUCUGGCAUCAGUGGUUGGGGGGCUCCCCCCGCAGAAGACACCCCCAGCCAACCCGCCAGCCGCCCCCCCAGCUUCUGCCCCUUCCUUCCCCCACGUCUCUGCCAAUCUGCCUCCCCCCCCAGCCCUGCGCCCCCUCAACAACGCUGCGGCUGCCUCCAGCUCCCCGGGCAUGGUGGGGCAGGCCCUGAGCACCCACCUUCCUUCGCCCCACGGCAUGGGGCAGGACAAGGCACCGGCUCUGGCCCCCUCCCGCUACCCCUAUGCCCCACCACCGCUGCCGCCCUCCAGCUCUUCAGCUCAGUACCCCCAGCCCUCCCCGGCCCAGCCCCUGCCCAGUUAUAGUGCUUCCUAUGGGCACUCCUUCCCCCCACCCAGUGGCCUGUCUGUGUCCAGCCAGCCCCCCAAAUACACCCAGCCCUCCCUGCCCUCCCAGCCCGUCUGGAGCCAGGGACCACCCCCCUACAGCCGCCCCUUGGGCAAUGCGGGCUCCCACCCAGCUGCCCCCUUCCCUGGCCAGCCCCCCCAUCACCAGCAGGCCCCCCAGCAGCACCACCACGGCCAUGGGAGCAGUGGGGGGGUCUCCCCAGCAGCCGCAGCUCCCCCCCAGGCCCCUGGGGGUUACCCCCAUGGCUUGGAGUCAAACAGCCAUCAUCCUUCCCAUGCUACCUAUGGGCUGCGCCUCUACCCUCCCCACAGCCAGGCUGCCUACAGCCAGGCUCCCUCAGCCACUGCCGCUGCAGCCCCUUCUUCCUCCUCCUCAUCCUCCUCCUCUUCCUCUUCAUCCUCUUCCGCCGCCUCUUCCCAGGGAAGCUAUCCCAGCAUGUGUGCUCACCCCCCAGGCCAGAGUCCUGCCACCUACACCUUCCCCCCACCACCGCCCCCCUCCCCUGCCCAUGGGGCUGGCCCUCCGGUCACCUCCACUGCCACCACCCUCUCCACUGUCAUCGCCACCAUGGCCUCCCCCUCUGCAGCCCCCUACAAGACAGUCUCACCCCCGGUACCCCCGUCGGCCGUGGCCCCUUAUGGCAAACGGGCGGCCUCGCCUGUCCCCACCUUCCAGCCCCCAGCCCCCUACAAGCCAGGGUCCCCCCCUGCUUCCUCAGCUGCCCCUUUCCGAGCUGCCACCCCUCCCGGCUACCGGGUGGCCUCCUCCCCUGUAGCGGGGGGCUACAAAGCCCCCUCGCCUGCCCCCUCUGCCCCAGCAGCCCUGCCGGGGAGCAUGGCUGCCCCAGCCCCCCCCGCACCCCCUCUGCCCCUCAGCGCUGCACAGAUCAAGCAGGAGCCGUCAGAGGAGUACGAGCCCCCCGAGAGCCCUGUGCCACCGGCUCGCAGCCCCUCACCACCACCCAAGGUGGUGGAUGUGCCCAGCCAUGCCAGCCAGUCAGCCAGAUUCAACAAGCACCUGGACCGCGGCUUCAACUCCUGCUCCCGCACGGAUCUGUACUUCGUGCCCCUCGAUGGCUCCAAGUUGGCCAAGAAAAGGGCAGACUUGGUGGAGAAAGUGCGGCGAGAGGCUGAGCAGAAGGCGCGGGAAGAGAAGGAACGGGAGCGGGAGCGAGAGAAGGAGCGGGAGCGGGAGAAGGAGCGGGAGCUGGAGAGGAGCGUGAAGAUGGCCCAGGAGGGGCGGCCAGUUGAAUGCUCAUCCCUGGGGCCGGUUCCCCACCGCCCCUCCUUUGAGCAGGGCAGUGCUGUAGCGACUGUUCCCCCAUACCUGGGUCCCGACACCCCGGCUCUGCGCACCCUCAGUGAAUAUGCCCGGCCCCACGUCAUGUCCCCCAGCAACCGCAACCACCCUUUCUAUGUGCCACUCGGUGCGGUCGACCCGGGCCUGCUGGGGUACAACGUCCCGGCCAUCUACAGCAGCGAUCCAGCGACGCGGGAGCGGGAGCUGAGGGAGAGGGAAGCCCGUGAGCGAGACCUGAGGGACCGGGACCUGCGUGAACGCCUCAAGCCUGGCUUUGAAGUGAAGCCAGCCGAGUUGGAGCAGCUCCACGCCGUGCCCGCUGCUGCCAUGGAUCCGUUCCCACGUCACGGCGGGCUGAGUCUGCAGACAGCUCCCGGCCUCCAUCCCGCUUUUCCCUUCCACCCAGGGCUGGGCCACUUGGAGCGGGAGAGGCUGGCGCUGGCAGCCGGCCCGACCCUUCGUCCCGACAUGUCCUAUGCCGAGCGCUUGGCAGCUGAGCGCCAGCAUGCUGAGCGGGUGGCUGCUCUCAGCAAUGACCCUCUGGCCCGGCUGCAGAUGCUCAAUGUGACACCUCAUCAUCAUCAGCAUUCCCACAUCCACUCCCACCUCCAUCUCCACCAGCAGGAUGCCAUACAUGCAGCCUCGGCCUCUGUUCACCCUCUUAUCGACCCACUCGCCUCGGGAUCACACCUGACCCGGAUACCAUACCCAGCUGGAACCAUCCCAAACCCUCUCCUGCCUCACCCUCUACAUGAGAACGAAGUGCUGCGCCACCAGCUUUUUGCUGCACCCUACAGGGACCUGCCGGGCUCCCUGUCGGCACCCAUGUCCGCAGCACAUCAGCUCCAGGCCAUGCAUGCGCAGUCAGCUGAGCUGCAGCGCCUGGCUCUGGAACAGCAGCAGUGGCUCCAUGCGCAUCACCCUCUGCACGGCGUGCCGCUCCCGACGCAGGAGGAUUACUACAGCCACCUGAAGAAAGAAAGUGACAAACCCCUUUAAGCAGACUUCUACUGUCAGCGUGACAUCAUCAUGUCUUUCUCUCAAGAGGAGCAAUCAAUCAACCAAAUCCUGGGGGAGGGGAAGCUGCAGUGACACAUCCUGAUCCCACCAUGCAGCAGAGUGCCAGAGAAGACGGACGAACAGUACAGGAUGGCAUCCUGGGAGCAGAGAGCAGAAGACAGAAAAUGGGGAGGGACUGAAACACCACUAACAGACAUGACCUGAUCGGUACGUGAUUUCAGCAGAGCUCUGGAGGAAAUGGCAUCAGCAUUGUACAGAGCUCAAAGUGACAAAGACUGACAUGAAUUCCGGGUGGCAGCAGCUCCAUCCUUUGUUUCGGGGGAACAGUUGCAUUAAAUAAGCGCAGAGCAUCGCAGGACUUCACGUGCAUGAUGCCGCCACCUUUCCUGCUUCUGCGAGGAGGAACUCAACCCAACAGAGCCUUUGUUCCGCACACCCCACCCCCUUGUAGGUGUAAGAUACUGCUUAGUGAUAUGGAAAAGCAACGUGGAACUUUCCCCCAUUAGCUGGGGUGGCUUCCCGCUCUCCAGCAUCCCUUCCGAUGCAGAGCCCGGUCUCAGCCAUCGGGGUGCAAAGCACUGCAGACUGUUUGCGAGGCAGUGGCUGUGCUUCCCCACCAGGCGCAAAUGCAAAGCACCGGGAGGCUGUUUCCCAGACCACAGUCACCACCGUGACCCCCCCCCCCCCCAAGUCCCGUCGGGAGAGCCAGCCCCUGGCCCAGAGCAAUGACACUGUGUCCUUGGGAGUGUCUUGAAGAUGAUGGCUGCCCCCUUUCCCCUCACCCCUUCUAAUUGAUGUACUUUAACUCAUGCACAUCCUGUUAGACGUGGCAGUUUUAUGUAGCAACUUGUGACCCCCUUGCCCCCUCCCGUCCCCGCGUGCGUGUCUGAUUUCACAAUUGUAUCUCUUGAUUGGUCCCCAUAUAUAUAUAUAUUUACUUAAUUAACCAUUAAAAGGAAGAGAAAAAAAACCAACCACCCAGCUAUGGAAAAAAACCACCUGACAAAGUUCCCCACGCACUCCCAAGCCCCAACACACAUGCUAAUAAUUUAUAUAUAUAAAUAUCUAUAUGAAAAUCUUAAAAAAG